UUUAAUGAUUUUUAGAAAAUCAGUCCCUGUUAUAGUAGAGAAUAGUCCUAGAAAGAAAAAUCAACAUAAACAACCUAAAAAUUUCAACAAAAACUCUGUCAGGCGGAGAGUAAGCAGUCGAAAUAAUUUUUAG